UCUAUAUAUACAGAUACAACACUCCUCUCUCUGUGUAUAUCCAAGUGUCUCUCUCUAUAUAUACAGAUACAACACUCCUCUCUCUUUGUGAGUGAGAUACCUCUGUUUCUAUAGAACACCAUUCUCAUUUUAUGAAACAUAUCAAAAUGGCUGCAACAGGAGACAAUGUAGUUGUUUCAAGUAUGAAGCUUGAGAGGAUGCUUAGCAUGAAAGGAGGCAAAGGAGAGUCUAGCUAUGCCAACAACUCUCAAGCUCAGGCAAUACAUGCUCGAUCAAUGCUUCAUCUUCUUGAAGAAACCCUAGACAUAGUACAACUACACUCGCCGGAAGUUCCAUUCGCUGUGGCUGACUUAGGGUGCUCCUCUGGUACCAACACGAUCUACAUCGUCGAUGUGAUCAUCAAUCACAUGAUCAAGCGGUACGAGGCGUUGGGGUAUGAUCCACCGGAGUUCUCAGCUUUCUUCUCCGACCUCCCAUCCAAUGACUUCAACACUCUCUUCCAGCUAAUCCCACCGUUGGCCAACAAUGGUGGGAGCAGCAUGGAGGAGUGCCUCACCACCAGCAGCCACCGCUCGUACUUUGCCGCCGGAGUUCCUGGGUCCUUUCACCGGCGGCUGUUUCCAGCGAGAUCUGUUGAUAUUUUCUACUCUGCAUUUUCUUUGCACUGGCUCUCCCAGGUGCCAGAUAAGGUGGUAGACAAGAGAUCAACGGCGUACAACGAAGGAAGGGUUUUCAUCCACGGUGCAAAUGCGAUCACAGCAAAUGCAUACAAGAAGCAAUUCAAGACAGACUUAGCAGGGUUUCUGAGAUCAAGAUCACAGGAGAUGAAGAGAGGUGGGUCCAUGUUCUUGGUCUGCUUGGGUAGAACUUCUCUGGACCCCACUGACCAAGGUGGGGCAGGGUUACUCUUUGGGACCCACUUUCAGGAUGCUUGGGAUGAUCUUGUCCAAGAGGGUCUUAUUACUUGUGAGCAACGUGACAACUUCAACAUUCCGGUGUAUGCACCAAGCCUACAAGAUUUCAAAGAGGUAGUUGAAGCUAACGGCUCAUUUACUAUCAACAAGCUUGAGGUGUUCAAAGGAGGAAGUCCACUUGUGGUCAACUGUCCUGACGACGCAACCGAGGUUGGUCGAGCCCUGGCUAAUAGUUGCAGGGCCGUGAGCGGGGUCUUAGUCGAUGCACACAUAGGUGAUUGGCUUAGCGAGGAGUUAUUCUCACGGGUUGAGCGCCGAGCCACAAACCAUGCCAAAGAGUUGUUAGAUCAGCUACAAUUCUUUCACAUAGUCGCAUCGCUUUCUCUUGCUUAGAAAAAAAAAAAAAAAGACAAAAAGGAAGGAAAAAA